UGGCGAGAUCCAAUCGUGCGUCUUUAUGGUGUCACCUGGUCUCGUCAGGCUCAGGAUCGAUCGAACUGGAGAAGUUGCCAGCUGCAUCGAUGGCGUGACAUCAGAGAUCGAUUAAACAACAGCUGUUCAAGACGUAUGCCCAGUCAUUAUAUGACAGCAGCUGGUGGAGGUGUAUCGGCAGCACCACAGAAUGUCCAGUUUCAAACACAAGAUGUGACAAGCAGCCUCCCCAAUUACAGUUCCCCGCAACAGACUAGUACCCUUUCACAGCCAUCUUCCGUAGGGCCCGGGAUUGGCGCACAACAAGCCUCACCGCUACAGCAGAAAGGGCCAAGUAGCGUCCCGUCUGCCCUCUACGCACAACAUCAUCCUGCAGGUGAAGGUGCUACACCAUCUCUCAGUACAACCGGUGGUGAAGGAGAUAAAAGUUCGGAUGAGCCACUUUACAGUCAAAAAUUGGAACUGCUCAAUUCAUAUCAUGAAUACAUCAAACGGGUACUUGAAAGGAACCGGUACGUUUUUUUCUUCAUUUAUCGUGAGCCAGAUAACAGCGUAUCUUAAGGUGCUACACCGUCGCUCAGUACAACCGGUAGUGAAGGAGAUAAAAGUUCGGAUGAGCCGCUUUACAGUCAAAAAUUGGAACUACUCAAUUCAUAUCAUGAAUACAUCAAACGGGUACUUGAAAGGAACCGUUUGGAUGGACAAGCACCGAAAACGAAAUUUGAGCGCUUACUUGAAAUAAUGGAAAAUCGACGGUGA